CCGACAUCGGCUUUACGCUCCGGUCGAUACAGUUCGAUAACAAUCUGCUCGAGUUUCUCGAUCCGUACAUGUUCACCAGCACACAGUUUCUGCUCGAGCUUAACCUCGCUGGCAAUCUGAUCCGUACGAUCACGGAGCAUUCGUUCGCCAACCUGAACAAUCUGACGGUGCUCGACCUAAGCUACAAUCAGCUGAUGCCGGUCAACUUCCGUGAGCUGUUCCAGAAUGUGCCGCGGUUACGGGUGCUAAGUCUGCGGGCGACCGGAAUCUAUCGGUUACCGACGCUCGCACUACCGCAGCUUGCGUCACUCGACGUAGCGCAGAACAAUCUGCAGGAGAUCGAGUCACAGGAGGAGCUGUACCUUCUGCGCGAGCUCCGGAUCGAGGAGAACAAGAUCAGCAACAUGACGAACCUGCUCCGGAAUCUGCCCGGUUCGUUGCGAGUGCUGGAUGUGUCGCGGAAUCCGAUCCGGAAGCUUUCAUUCCACGAUUUCUCUCAGUCACGGCGGCUCGAGGAGCUGUACAUCGAGGAUGUGAAGAUUGCGAACUCGGACGUGUUCAUCAAGCUGCACAACUUGAAAAAGCUGAGGAUCGGUGCGCAACACAACUUUAGUGAUCUGAUCUCGAAGCUGCGCGGUCUCCAGGAGCUGUACGUGACGGUGUAUGAUGAGCAUCUAGGGGAGGGACUGUUUACGCCCCGGAUGCAUGCCAAUACGAAGCUGAAUGUGGUGGAAAUCACCGGCCGUCGGUUGGUGUCGAUCGCGAGCAAUGCCUUCGAAGGAUUGGCAAGGAAUCAUGAGCUUCGGUUGCGGAUACACAACACACUGGUGAACGAUCUACCGCCGGGUGUGUUCUACGCGCUGAAGUACAUUCCACGGUUAAGUAUCGAUUUGUCGGACAAUCUGCUGGCGGCACUCGCACCGGAUAGCUUCUACCCGAACACUAGCUCGUGGGAUGCGGUCGGGACGAGGAGCGUGCUUGGGGGCCUGGAUGUGUCCAACAAUCCGCUACAGUGUGAGUGUGGGCUGGUGUGGCUCGGGCACUGGUUAAGGCGAUGGUUACGCGAGACGGCCCAGGUCAAUCUGAUCUCGAAGGAUGAUAUGAAGCAGAUGAUCCGGCGGGCCAAGCGGAGCUCCUGCACGGAUCCACUGACCGGUAAGCGGUUACCCUUUCUGGAGAUCUUCCCCGAGGAUCUCCUGUGCCACGCGAGCGCCCUGAGCAGUUUAGCGCUGAAGCUGCGCUUCCGCUUUAUGCUAAUCUGUCUCAACAUGCUGCUCAUCGUCCUGCACAAGUCCCGCACGCUCAUACUGUAAUUCCCGCCUUCGUUUAUGAGUGUGUGCGUGUGU